AUCAUCUCCCCAGAUUCCCAUUCUGGGUUUAUCACACACACACACACCGCCAUGGCGACCCAUUUCCUCUCUCGCUCCUUCCCCAAAACCCUAGCCCUCUCCUCCUUCCUCUCCCGCUCUCUUUCCACAGCCACCACCACCGCCUCCACCCUCUCCUCCGCUCACUCCCGCUCCUCCCUCUCCCUCAUCAACCGCCUCCGCCCCCUCGCCGGCGCCGGCGCCAUCGCCUUCCCUGGAAAGCUCUCUCCCGCCGCCAUCCGUUGCUUCUCGGCCAACGCCACCACCUCCUCGCUCCGCGACCCCAACCCCAACUGGUCCAACCGGCCUCCCAAGGAGACUAUCCUCCUCGAUGGCUGCGACUUCGAGCACUGGCUCGUCGUCAUGGAGCCGCCGCCGGAGGGGACCACUAGGGAUGACACCAUCAAGGAGUACAUCAAAACCCUAGCCAUGGUCGUCGGAAGUGAGGAAGAAGCGAGGAUGAAGAUCUACUCUGUUUCAACUAGGUGUUAUUUUGCAUUUGGUGCACUCGUGUCUGAAGAGCUUUCAUACAAAAUCAAGGAAUUGCCAAAGGUCCGCUGGGUGCUUCCUGAUUCGUACCUGGAUGUUAAGAACAAAGAUUACGGAGGCGAACCUUUUAUUAAUGGGGAAGCAGUACCAUAUGAUCCCAAGUACCAUGAGGAAUGGAUAAGAAACAACAGUCGGGCAAACGAGAGAAACAGACGCAAUGAUAGACCUAGGAACUUUGACAAUUCAAGGAACUUCGACAGGAGAAGGGAAAACAUGCAGCGCAGAGAUGGCCCGAAUAGGGGUGCCCCUCCUUUUCCUAAUCAACCAGGCCAGCAUGGGCCUGGCAUGGCCGGACCUCCCAGCAACAUGAGUCCACCCAACAAUAUGCCUCCCCCACCUGUGGACAGGCCUCCAAUGCCUCCCAACAACACGAGUGCACCAAACUACAACAAUAUGCCACAGGCAAGCAACAACUGGGGUGGAGGACAGCCGAACUACAAUCAGAUGCCUCCAAACAACUACAAUCAAGGGUCGCCUAACAACUAUAAUCAGAUGCCUCCAAACAACAAUAUGCGAGGGCCACCACCACCCCAAAACCACAUGGGAGGACCGCCACCACACAUGGGAGGACAGCCACCACACAUGGGAGGAGGGCAACCUGCGCCAUCAUGGUCUGAUCCUGCACAAUACCAAAAUACCUACACACCAGAGAGAGAUAAUGGUGGUGGUCAAAACCGUUAUUGAGGUUAUGUGCUAUGCUGCCAUCAGUCUUUGUAGGCAGUCAGGCAUGCUGUAGAGAGAUCUUAGGAGGCUGCCCCUAGGUGGCUUUUGAUUUACUAGUAUUUUUUUCGACACCUUGCUGGGUCAGGACCUGGUUGCCUUUUAUCUGAUAUGGUUAUAAUUUCAUGGUCAUAGCUGGAUGUGAUUAAUCGGAUCGUUCCUUUGCUAUGUGAUAUGAGUUAUUUCAUGUAAUGCACAUAUUGGCUGAAAGCACACUGUUUAGUUAUUUUUGUUUCUUGGUGUUGAUUUGCA